UGGAACAUUUAUAUACCGAAACAAUAAAGAAAACAAGAAAAAAAAAAAAGUAAAUAAAAUGAAAUUAGUUUUUAAAGUAAUUGCUACCCAAUGUAGGUUAUUAUCUCAGUAUUGAAUCAAAAUUAACCCGUAAACAUGUUAACAUCAGUUUAGUCCACAUUCAUUUGCUUGCAAUGUGUUCCACCUCAGUUUGCACGUCGCUGACUUGCAUUAAUUUGCUACGAGAGACAGCUGCAGCACUCUAUGCAUAAACCUCUGAGUUCAUUAUGCACUGUACAUUGUGGAAGUAUUUUAGUGUUCUAGCAAGUUGCGGAAUGUUCCAUAUUUUCUAUGUUCCUGUUUUUUUUUGUUUUUGUUUUUUUUCUAUUGAGAUAUCUAAAGCAAAUGUUACUUUGCGCUGCAAUGCGUUCAUAUUACGAUAAAUUAAAUGUAAGAAAAAACGCUGCUAAAAGGCCGGCGUUUGUACGAUAUCAUUGCGGACUAAAAAUAAUACCGAAAAACAAAACUUACCAAGAGGCCAUUAAAAGGUAUUCAAAAAAAACACCCAUUAAGUUUUAAUUGAAAGUAUGCCUCUUUCCGCUGCAACGCGAUUUUACGAAGUCGCGCAGAGUGAAUACGAUUAAUAAAACUUUGAUAUCACAUUAAACCUAGCUUUGUGUUCCAUUUCCUACAAAACGAAGUGUUAACUAUAUAAAAAAUGAUAGAUAAACACGUCUUCCCGAUAGCGUACUAACGGAAGGAGUCAAACGUGUUCCUACAUGUAGAACAGUUUAAAAAAGGAAGGAGAAGUCGUUUAUUUCUUUUAACAUGAGCUGUAGAGCCCACGCAUGGCUUCCAGGCUUAUAUGCCGAUGUACAUUUGAUUAAAUUUUUGAUCUAAUUAUACCGACGAAUUUGACACACGUCACUUUAGAGACUAUAAAUAGUUGCAAUUGAUUAGAAUUUCAAACUAUUGCAGUACAUGUAUAUAUGGACUGUUGUACAAAGACAAAAAACAUUAAGCGCUCGUAGAGCCUGCACUAAUGCUACUAGAAGUAAGGCCCAGCUUCCGGUCCUGCCUAAGCAACACUGACUACAUUUUGGCCCGUGGUGAUCAUCCGUCGAGAAAUAUACCAGUUCGAUUCACACUAAGCCGAACACAUUCAGCUCGCUGGAAACACCAUUCAGCACUCAAACUUUUUACGAUCGGCGUUGAUGAAACAUUUCCUCAGUAUAACUUUCGACAUCGCUGGUUGAGUUGAAGUUUACAUAAUUUGACACAUCUCUACGGUCGUUGUCGCCUAUCAGAAUGUCCCUUUUGAACAAAUAUCCUUGCGUUAACAUUACAGCGCCAGGUUAUCUGUCAUUUUCGACGGUGUCCUUCACGAUAUUAUCAGCUGCCGUCGCCACUGGUGGGAACCUUCUGGUCGUCCUUGCCGUGUUUUUAGAUCCAAACAAAAAUCUUCGUUCGCCGUCUAACUACUUCGUGGCCAGCCUUGGAUUUGCGGAUCUCCUUGUUGGGCUUCUUGCCUGUCCGAUGAGCGCAGUGUAUCCCAUCACGGAAGGACUAAAACAAACAAACUCGCUAUACAGGGUCUGGAUGCACAUGAUAUACUUCGUCACGUGCACCGCCUCGCUGCUUAGCCUGACUGCCUUAGCGUUAGAUCGGUAUGUAGCCAUCGCAUACCCUUUGGUCUACAGAACAAAGCUGAGUCCUCUCAGGGCAUUCUUAGUGUCGGUUCUGCUGUGGACUGCGUCUGUGUUGGUAUCACAGAUUUACCUCAUCGUUGGUGACAACAAGUUCCGCUUCGUCUUUGCCAACACAGCUAUAGCCGUCACCUUCGCUGUGCUCACCUUUACCAACGUGAAGAUUUGCAAGUAUCUGAGAUGUCAAAUCCACACGUGGAGUAAUUGGCUUAAUAAUACAAGAGGAAACUUGGUGAUGAAACAAGCUUUGCAAAGAGAGAGAAAGACAACAAAGACACUUUCUGUUGCACUGGGAUUAUUCUUAGCCUGUUAUUUGCCAUCUUGUGUUUGCAUCUACAUCAUCAACUUUUGCUCUACUUGCGAAUGUUUGUUUAUUAUCUGGGCGAGGAAUAUUCAAUGGAUGCUAGUGUUGGCAAAUUCUAGCGUCAAUCCCUUCGUGUACGCAUGGAAGUUACGAAACUUUCGAAAGGCUUUUAAGAGCAUUCUGACAUGCCGCGCAUGCGGAAGGCGUCAGAGAUCCAUCUCGGCGAAACUUCCUUUGACAUCAAGAUUCAUCACAAAUUUUUCAUCAAAUAAUCAUGUGCUUAGAGAAAUACAAUCCAUGAGAUAGUAAAUGCUAAUGUACCUUUAGCAGUUGCUUUGAGUCAGCUUGAGGUAUCGUGUAAAUAGUUGAAGAAAAUGUGACUAUGCAUGAUAAAAUAUGCAAUUUGAAAAACUACGGAAGUGAUACGUACCUAUGAUCGAACUUUAACAACUAACAACCCACUGUGCACGUGCAUUCGCUAUUUUGCUCUUUUAACGCCUUUGAUUGGUUGAUAUAGUCGGCAUAAUUGCUGUGAUCAUAGAAGAACCUGUAAAAUCCAUUCGAAAAGUUAUGUAUCACCAAGGACGGAACAGAGGCGUAUGCAUAUAAAGUAGCGUAGACGCACAUUGCAGUUAAGAAUACUCAAAGACGGAAUAGAGAGUCCAGCAGCAAUCAAUGGGGAAGACAAGUUCCAGAAUUAACUUUUAAUUAACACCCUGUUCAGCUGAAAGUUUAAUCUUUGGUCUUCUUCUUAUAAUAAAUAGUAGCACAGCCUUAAAAUAGUAGCAUAAUAUCAGAUUAACUUUUAAUCAACAGACUUCGUCAGUUGAAAGUUUAGAUCUUCAUCCUCUGCUUAUAAAUAGUAGCAUCGUGAGUCGAAAUUGCCCACCACAUAUUUUAAGGCAAGUACAUCUACCUAGAAAAUAUCGUUCCCUUGGAACAUUGUUUCCGCGUCUUUGGCACUGAACAAUUAAUAAGACCGAUGGAUACUUUCGUUUUGUAAAAUUCGUUCCCUUCUGUACUGUGCGAAGAAUCUUGUAUCCUACUGGGUUUAGUAGACUUUUAGGACCUCAACUGUUGAACGGAGAGCGCAAGUCUUUAUCAGGAUUCAAGGACCUUGACAGAGCAACGAUUCCCGGGCGGGAAGGGGGCAUGCGCUUCUAUAUAAAAACGACGGGGGUGCUGGUCGUACCUUCUAGAAAUCUGAAAGCCGCUUUGGUAUCUUUUAGAUUGUUCAGCAUCAAAAUGUCCACAGCGGAAGCUUUCGCGGUAUUGUUUAAGGGAUUGAGCCGCAAAAAGAAUAUGACAGCAGCUAAUGUGUUGUGGAAAAUUGGUACCUAUUAGGGGUUUAAAAAAAAAAAAAUUCAAGCGACGCCCACAAAACAGGAUCCUGGUACCCUUUAAGGAUUCUCAAUUCCGAAGAGCUCCCCCGUUCUUUUCAUAUGGGAGGCCCCCCAGGCAAUGAUUAGCAAUAUUGAGCAUAAUUUGGGGCUACCUCUCACGUUUGGCACUUUCCAUUUGAGGAAAAAAAAUCCGGUUUGAUUUUCCAGAAAUUUCCAGUGGUGAACUCAAAGCAUUUUCGGAAUUUCCGGAAAAGAGAAAAAACUGCAGAAGAUACUCAAAAUUUCUGUUCAAGUUGAUUAUUGCACGAAUUAAGAAUUUCCGAAAUUUUCGAUAAAAUGGUUCGCAUUUCGGAAAUUCAACAUUUUUCAGAUAAACCGACGGAACUAUUCGCCACCGUUUCGACAGUUCCAAAUUUUCAUGAACUGAAUGCGAUUUUGUAGGCGGCAUUAUCGCAUUAUGCUGGUGGCUAGUUGGAAAAAAAAUAUAUCCUCUUACUGAGUAGUCACGUAGCGAUGAACCACAUAGCCUACGAGCAGGCUCAUUUUGGGUCACACGGACGCCCGAGGAGCGAGUCCGGGAGCGAAGUUGUAUUCUGUAUAAAUCACAGUGAGGAGCAGUAUUUUCAUAACGCGAUAAAUUGUUAGAAAGAUUAGAAAACAAAACUCGCUUAUGUUAAUCAAAAAAACAAACAAACAAACAAACAAACAAACAAAUAGAAAUCCUCACAGCAAUAACAGAAGCGUCGAAAAGCGGCAAAAAUAGUCACCGACGUAUCCCGGCCAAUGUUUGCGGAAACACUUAAUGUGAUCGAUGGUCAAAUAAGUCGUGACAAGACUGCAUCCAACACAAUGUUUAAUACUCUCGCUAAAUACAUGUUACGCAUACGUACACAGUCCGGGAUCGUUAUCAGAUUUGAUAACCAUGUGACGUCACAACAUGGCGGCCAUUUCAAAAACCGGGAAUUUUCGUAUUCACUUCACUUUGCUCGUUAUUUGUUCGAUUAUACUCGGGUAAUUUACCCAUAAUUCUAUCCGAUAAUUACCAGAAAAGAAGGAGCCUCACGUGUUUUGAAGAUGGCGGUUGAAGACCAGCGUAAACGAUGUAAAAUGCUACCCGUAAAGUGAAACAGCGCUUGCAAUUUUGCAUCCAAACCAGGUAUGUUUUUCAUUUUGUCAUUAGAUUUAAGUUACCUGGAGAUUUUUGCGAAAAUCAC